AGCCCGCCCCGCCCCUCGCGCCUCGGCUCCGCCUCGCCUCGCCAUGGUGGAGCAGGGAGACGCGGCGCCGCUGCUGCGCUGGGCCGAGGGCCCCGCGGUCUCUGUGCCGCAGGACCCCGCGCUGCAGACGGGAGGAUGGGCCCGAGGCGGCGGUGGGAGCGGCCGAGUGGCCGCGGAUGCGCCCCGAAGGCGGGAACCCGACGAGCCAGCACCCCCCGAAGUGCUGCUGCAGCCAGGGCGUCUGGAGCUGGGCGACGUGGAGGAGGACCAGGUGGUGGCUGUGUUCGUAGUCACCUUCGAUCCCCGCUCGGGAAACAUGGUAGAAUGGUGCUUACCACAAGACAUUGACCUUGAAGGUGUCGAGUUCAAGUCUAUGGCCAGUGGGUCCCAUAAAGUUCAGUCUGAUUUCAUCUAUUUUCGGAAGGGGCCUUUCUUUGGCCUGGCCUGCUUUGCCAAUAUGCCUGUGGAGAGCGAGCUGGAGCGCGGCGCACGGAUGAAGUCCGUGGGUAUCCUCUCUCCAUCCUACACCCUGCUCUACCGCUAUAUGCACUUUCUGGAGAACCAGGUUCGACACCAGCUGGAGAUGCCGGGACAUUACUCUCAUCUGGCUGCAUUCUAUGAAGACAAGAAAGGGGUUCUCCAUGCUGGCCCCGGAAGGGGUGGCAGCUUACCACCUGUCUACUGGCUGCCUUCCAUCCACCGCUACAUGUACCCUGAGAUGAAGAUCACACACCCAGCUGGCUGCAUGUCUCAGUUUAUUAAGUUCUUUGGAGAACAAAUCCUCAUUCUUUGGAAGUUUGCCUUACUCCGAAAGCGCAUUCUGAUAUUUUCUCCCCCACCUGUGGGCGUCGUGUGCUACAGAGUGUACUGCUGCUGUUGUCUGGCCAAUGUCUCACUGCCUGGCAUUGGGGGCACCAUCCCCGAGUCGAAGCCUUUCUUCUAUGUGAACGUGGCUGACAUUGAGAGCCUGGAAGUCGAGGUGUCCUAUGUAGCCUGCACCACGGAGAAGAUAUUUGAGGAGAAACGGGAGCUAUACGAUGUUUAUGUGGAUAACCAGAAUGUAAAGACACACCAUGACCACCUGCAGCCCCUGCUGAAGAUCAACAGCGCAGACCGGGAGAAGUACCGCCGGCUCAAUGAACAGAGGCAGAUGCUCUUAUACUCCCAGGAAGUUGAGGGAGACUACAACCCUUGUGAAGAAGACCUCUUUGUGCUGUUUUUCCUAGAGCAAAAUAACCGGAUUUUUCAGACUCUACUGGAGGUGUCUGCCAGUCAAGACAAAACUCUCACAGCAGAGCAUGCCCGAGGCAUGGGACUGGACCCCCAGGGAGACAGGAGCUUUCUCAUGGACCUGCUGGAGGCCUAUGGCAUCGAUGUCAUGUUGGUCAUUGACAACCCCUGUUGUCCCUAAGAAGAGUGACAGGACUGGUGGAGAGACGCUCGUGUGGGGUGACAAGAGCCUGGAGUGCACCCCAGGCCCUCAGCGGCUUCAGGUUUAAGUUGAUACAAAGGACUGUUUAUACUUUCCAACACAUGUAAUGUUUGCCAUUUCCUCUCUCCCCGUCAGCCCUGGGCUGAGGUGAGGCCACCUGGGUUUUGUAGCUUUUGGUGGGACACAGGAAUCUACUGUCUCCACUACUGCUCUGGGUUUGGUCUUAGGCGUUCUGCCAGUCAGAGUGAGUCAAACUCCGGGAUGAACGGUUGAGAAGAUCUGUAUGUCUUCGUCCUUUGUUGCAUACAAGAGUAAGAUAACCACGCAUCCUAGUGUGGCCUUAGAUGUUCAUCGGCCUAAAACCAGAAACUAAUCAGAUGACCUUUCACCGUCACCAAGUGCUAGGGGUCAGGUUAGGAUGACUCUAGGUUGACUGGAGUAGGGGCCACAGAGAAGGAAAACGGUGUCUCUAACAGAAUGGCAGGGCAAGUGGAAAAUCAGAAUGAGUCCUUGAGGUCCUUCCUAAAGUAAGGGAAUGGUGACUGAGCAAUAUAACAUCCCCCCACCCCCACCCCCGCAUUCCAGUCCCCUUGGGAUGGAUGGGUUAGUGGAUUCUGAAGGUUGGUGCUGGCCCUGGAGCUUACAGGUAAAUUUGUUUCACAUUUGAGUCUCUUUUGAAGGUUGAACAUCUUCUUGGAAUAACAGGUUUAAACAGGCAAGGGAAGAAAUCUCAUGUUUCUCUGAGAGCUCUCUGAAGGGAUUGUUCACAGUCCUGAAGCAGAUACUUCUAGUGAAUUCUGAAAUGUAGCCAGGGUCCGAGCUGGUUGACUUAGAGGUUGGAAUAUGGUGUGAACAGGUCUUUAACCAGUUUCAAACUCCCACAAACUUACCUUUAGCAGAGACAACAUUCCUUAGGCUAAGCAAUUGGAUCCAUAGACUUAACAGAUUUGACAGGGAAAAUAUAACAGUGCCUCCCCUGCCAAGAAAUUGCAGACUAACAACCAUGCCCACUUCCUCUGGUCUAGGACAGAGCCUGCAGUCAGUCGCCUUGUUCUUUGGGGCUGGGUCACUUGUGACUGCUAGGUUACUAGAGGAGACAUUAGAUGAGAGGGCAGUUGUUAACUAUACUCAGAAAACCAGUUCUAACGCUAGUCUCCUUAAAGAUUUUGACUGAGAUUUUAUAUUUUCAGUAAUGAUUUCUCCUCCUAUGCUCUUCCUGCCUGCCUUCGUAAUAUGUGAAUAGCUAGCUAGUCAUCAAACAUCCAAAGAGCAGCCAGGCUGAUCUCCACAGCAGAGAGAACUUCGGAUGGAGGGGCUUGUGCCUCUUACCUCAAUUCUAGGUUCUAGAGGCUCACUGCUUAACUCGAGUAUUUUCACUGUAGUUUCCCUGAUAAAAAAUUCAAGAGUGAAGGGAUUUGCACGUGCAGAUGCAAAUCCACACUGAUGAGUCUUUUCUGUAAAUAUGUAAGUUAGUUUAGGCAUUGACAUAAACUGUUUAGCUAAUAGAUUUUUCUCCUCUGCAAUGUGGGUUUAGCCAUCAUUUCAGUAACAUGUUUACAAAAACACAGCUGUGCUCAGUGGCUGAAGUUUCGCCUGCUUCUUCCUUAUGGCUGUCUUCUCCUCUUGCCCCAGGGCUGACUGAACAGGGUCUAUCUGAUGCUGAUGAAACAACACUUCUUCUAAUGAUCUCUAAGAGCUCCAAGUUGGGGGUAGCUAGCCAGAGAUAGGAAGAGCCCAUUUCUGAGAACCUCCCUAGGGCCUUCUGCUUGCCAACACUGUUUCCUGUGCUGAUGUAAAGAUAGCGAGGAUGAGAAAGGCUGGCUUUUGUUAAGUUGGGCCUUGUGGGCCCUUUGUAACUAAGCUGCUGUUUUCCUGGUCUCUUUGUGCCCCACCCACCCAUGUAGAGGGCCAGUGUAUGGGUGGCCCCAGAGGGAAUACAACCCAGAGACAAUGUCAUGUCUUAGGACGUAGGUUCUGGGCUUAGCUGACCCCUGAGCAGAACUUCUUAUUCAACAUCUCCUUCAGUCCUUUCCUACCCUGCCAGCAUCCUCCUGGGGCCCGAACCUGGCACAGGCCUCUGUGUGGCCAAACAGCACGUUUGUUAGCACCUCUGCAGCCUUGGCCUCCAUUGAUCAGCUUCAGGGAAUAUUUUAGAAACGAAGCCCUGUCUGUGUUGGUGUGAAGUCUAACGUCAUAGCAGACUGCUCCGAGUGUCAGUGAGAAGAUGCAAGCCUGCCUCCUGUGCUGCAAGUCCCUCUAAAGGGAAGACGUCUGUAGACAAUACAGGAACCCCUCCACAGUGAUGACAGAAGCCAGGAGCCACAGGAUUGGCUUUUUGUCACUCUUUUGAAAGACUUUCUGAAAAACCACCUGGUUUUAUUUGGAAGAAGUUAGUUCACAUCAGUAACGACUUUCUAGGUCUGACCGUCAACAGAGUCAGGCAUGUUUUAUUACCACUGGCCUCUAGGGAACAGGGUUAAAAACUCAGAUGUGGGUCCUGCCUCUCUGCUGGUGGCCCUCAUCAGAUCCCUGAAUAGGCUGGCACAGCCCUUCUGGGGAACACUAAAUCCCAUCUCUGUACCAUGGUUGGACCGUGUGCCAACCCAGAAGCACUUGCUGACUUACACUGCUGGCUACUCAGUUGUUUUUAAGUUAGAAGAAAUUCCAAAUGACAACAAUCCUCAGGGGGCCCGAAAUUGGGGUUUGGUAUUUGUGGACAUUCAUAUUAAGUAUAAGAUACUAAGUAUAACAAAGGCCUCUUAAAGUGGAUGUUUUCAAUUAGCUUUGGCUUUGAACAUGAAGCCUUCCCUGUGCUGGGCCCACAUCCAGGCCAGUGUUAGUGUCCUACCUGGGGCCCAUAUGGUCCCUCCAGUUAGGAGGAGUACAGUGUGGACAGGAGGCAUUUGCCUCCCACACCUCCCACCCACCCUGGCUAUGGGAGAGAAGCUGGAACUUAAAACUGUACCUUACCUGGUUGGAAACAGCCACAGGAAACCACAGGGAAGGCAAGAGUGACACUCAGAUACAGCAAUGCCAAGUGCUUCAUGGGAAAGCUCACUUACAUAAUUAUCUAACAUAUUUUAGCUAGAAGAUAAAAGUAAAUUAAAUCAUAGCUAAUUGCUGUCUUCCUUUGGGGGGUUAGGGGGAUGAACUUGCUCUAUCUAGAGGCACUGAAAGCCUACCAGUGCAGUGAGAAGGUAAAAAUGAACUCAGCCUUCCACUGGGACUUCCAGGAGACUUUUCAAGGGUGGUAGCCAAUUAGCCUUCUGGUGGCAAACACUAUCCUCGUAGGGAUUCAGGAACUCAGGAACUGUCCUUCUCUUAAACUGCACAAGGAGUUUAAGAGAGUGGAUUGAGGCGCCCUCUCCAGGUCCAGUGUGAUGGACCUUGCAGUGGUAAAGGAGGGAUACAGGGUGUGAAUGAGUAGAACUAUAGGGUGAUGCCGAGUUUCACGGUGAACUUGACUUACCAUGAGAAGAGUCUGAAAACUGACAAGAACAUCUGUAGGAAGACCACCAGGCCCUCCAGGGGCUGCUGUCUUCCCGUUAGACCGCCAGGCUAGCCGGCUGUGAUUCAGAGAGCAGUCCAGCCCCCCCCCCCCCCAUAGCUAAUAGUUCCACCCCAUGGUGAGGAUCCUGUAAGGCCCAUGGGCUUACCUCAGCAGGCCCAGACUUAGCCCUUCUCAUGAAAAUCUUUUUCUAAUUCAGGUAGCGGGAAGGAAGGAGCUGAGGACUCCUUUAUACCCAAGUCCUGGGUUCUGACUAGUCCACUUUAUUGCUAAUAUACCUCUGUUCCCAGGAGCUACUGGAGUACUGAGUGUUGUAGGGAAAAUACUGUGAAUUAAGGUAAUGUCUUUCCUAUGAGAAACGGAAGUUUAUUUUUAUACCAAUGUUACUGAGUGGUGAAUUGAGUUCUGAAGUGUUGAAAUGGAAAGGAAUUGCAAAGUUAUAAUCUAAGACGGAAUGGGCAGCUUUAUAAUUUGAUAGCAGCUGAGGCCCUUAGAGGUGUCCCUGUCCAUGACAGUGUAUUGAAGCCUGAGCACAGACUCUGAUGUAUUUCUUCAGCAGCACUAGUUGGCCUGGGAGGGAUGAGAUGGGCACCAACCCUGGCUAAAGCUCCAGGACAGAGGUGGUAAAUGCCAUCUUUCAAUGGUCAAGGGAGAGGGUGGAAACGGGAGGUGGCUUUCUACCUGGCACUUUAAUUCACUGUAGCCGCUGGAAGUCGGGUGAUGUUUAAAUUUAGAAAAGGAGUAGGGAACUUUCUGGUGCUAUAGAGAAAUGAAGAUGGGAGACAUGAAACCCUGCUUUCGUCUUUUUAGAACUUAGUCUAGAAUUUCAACAUGGCCCCGGCUCUUAGAACCAUGUUGACUUAACUUCUGAAAGGUUUACAGCAGAGGGUUUAUUACAUUUGCAACAGGUGCCUGCCUCGUCUACUGUGAGUUUACUUUGCUUCCUAAUGAUGCUGGGGCUUAUGGGGAAAGAAUAGGGUUUUAUAAAUUGUGCACAGAUGGAACUUCAAAGUGAAAAGCCCACACAGAGCAAAUAUAUUUAACUGACAUUGUAUCUGGGUAAAUUAAGCAAAGAUACAUAAAAGUUUUAGGAAAACGAACUUUGUGUUUGCUGUGCCCACAUCAGCCAUCAGAAAUGGGGGUUCUGGGCUCCUGAACUGCCAGCAGGAGUGGCUUCUGGGAUUUGAGAUGGAGGUAGACAAAAACAACUUCCUUGAUUUGUCCAAAACUUGCUGGUUAAAUUUUUGUAUAAGUCUGGAAUAUAAUCCUUUCCUGAAAAUGAAAUAGUUGUAACCAAGGAAAUCUGUUUUCCUAGUUGUUGUUUUCUUUUCUUUUUAAAACGUAAGUGUCCCUGUUGCCUUAAAUGUAAAAACCUAUUUUGAGUAAUAACCCCAGCCUAAGAGUUAUAGCAAUAAGAGACCCUAAUCUAUUUUUGUUUCAAGUCUUUACCUCAUACGACAAAGUCAGAAGGAUAUUUGGUAAGUUUUGCUCUGGGUACUACCGCAGAGCGAUGUAUCCUCUCUCUGUCUCCAAUUGUGUAUUUACAGACCUGAAGAAAGCUGGACUUAACCCUGAGGCUAAGUGUAAAUGUUUCUUGAAUUGAUUCUUUCUGUGGUACAAGUGACACCUGUGUAUAUCAUAUCUGUAUAUAUCUGAACCAAGUUACGUGCAGAGGUUGAUAAUAACUAUAUUUACAAAAAAGCCCCAAUUUUUACAAUUAAAGUUCACAUUUUAACAUGA